UCCCGACGUCGGCGCGUAGCGAGAGGAGCCAAUCGGAAGGCGCGACGCUGAGCGUCUUGGCUGCCGGGCGACGGUUUUGAGCUCCCGCCGUUGUUGUUGUUUUUUUCCCCCCCACCAACGGGCUUCCUCAGGGACCGGCGCCGCUUCCUGGGGAUGGCCUCCAGCUAUAAGAAGGCAUCCCUGGGAGCAGCAGCUCAGAGGAAGAAAACAGCUCCCAAAACCGAACUCACUGAAGAGCAGAAGCAAGAGAUUCGGGAGGCCUUUGAUCUCUUUGACACCGAUGGGACUGGCAAUAUUGACGUAAAAGAGUUGAAGGUCGCCAUGAGGGCCCUUGGGUUUGAACCCAAGAAGGACGAGAUCAAGAAAAUGAUCCUUGAGAUUGAUAAGGAAGGGACAGGAAAGAUUACCUUCAGUGACUUCCUAGGGGUGAUGACCCAGAAAAUGGCUGAAAAAGAUUCAAAAGAAGAAAUUCUGAAAGCUUUUAAGCUCUUCGAUGACGACGAAACAGGCAAAAUCUCUUUCAAAAACCUGAAACGCGUGGCCAAAGAACUGGGGGAGAAUCUCACCGACGAGGAGCUUCAGGAGAUGAUUGAUGAAGCCGAUCGGGACGGAGAUGGGGAAGUCAAUGAACAGGAGUUUCUGCGGAUCAUGAAGAAAACUAGUUUGUACUGAGAUGUUUGGUCCACACCGUGACCUCAUUUAUUGCCUCAUGUUGGCUAAAUUCAAUCUCAACAGAUUCCUCUUGGAAAGAGAUGAACAGCAGCCCAAAUCUCAUAAACAUUGUGAGCUACUUCCAGUUCUCUUUCUUUUUGUAAAUCCCAGCAACAUCUGCUGACUCCCAGCUCAUCUUUCAGUGUUUCAUACAGCAGGAAAUGUGAGGCUCUGGGGCUUAAAUUACAGUUGGAAGAAAGCGGUGUUAUUUCUAUAUAGGUUUCAUGCGAGAAUGGGAUUUCGAAUUUACAUAACCGAGAAGCAACCUUUCUCUUUUAAAAUAUUGUUGUAAAAAAGCUGAAACUCCUUAUUAUUUGAGUAUUUUAGUCAAGGAGAAAACAAUUCCAGAAAGUAAAUGUUUCUGCUUCAGCUCCUGCAUUUGAUCCAUUGCUCUUUGUUCUUGUCAUCUAUGAAAGUGGCCUAAUUCUGGUUAUAAAUAUUCAGAUAUAGUGCCUGCCUUAUCUAAACAUUGAUAUAAAGAUAUUGUGCACUUAAUAUCUUUUUAUUCCCUCUCCCCUCCAAAAAAACAAAAAAAAAACACUGAAUGUAAAUGGAUAUAACUUUAAUGCUAGAAUUGAUAAGAAGGACCUUGUAAUAGUUGUUUUCCCCACCUAAAUAUGGCUUGUGUUGUUAGUUGUGAAAAGUAAAGCUGAGAUCAAAACUCUA